AAGUGCAUCAAAGAAGACAUACUGAGGAGAAGCCCGUACAGUUGUAUAGUGUGUGGAAAAAAAAUUCGAAGUAACUGUUACUUAAAAAUACAUAAGAGAAUACACACCGAAGAGAAACCUUACACUUGUGCAGUUUGUGGAAAACAGUGUUGGACAAACAAUGAAUUAAAAAUACAUCAGAGAAUACAUACUGGGGAGAAACCUUACCCUUGUGCAGUUUGUGGAAAACAAUUUGUAAGUAACUGUAACUUAAAAAAACAUCAGAGAACACAUACAGGAGAGAAACCAUACAGUUGUGAAGUUUGUGGAAAACAAUUUGGAAGUAACUCCUCUUUAAAAAUACAUAAAAAAAGACAUACUGGGGAUAAACCAUACAGUUGUAUAGUGUGUGGAAAACAGUUUGUAGUAAACAGUGAUUUAAAAGUGCAUCAGAGAAUUCAUACUGGGGAGAAACCUUACAGUUGUACAGUGUGUGGAAAACAGUUUGUGACUAGUAAAUACUUUAAAAUUCAUCAAAGAAUACAUACUGGGGAGAAUUGUACUGUUGUAAAAAUUGUGGAAAAGACUUUGGAACAAAUACUGAAUUAAAAGUGUGUCAGGGAAGACAACACUGGGGAGAAACCUUACAGGUGUAUAGUGUGUGGAAAACAGUUUAUAGUAAACUGAUUUAAAAGUGUGUGAAAGAAUACACACUGUGGAGAAACUGUACAGUUGUGUAGCUUGUGAUAAACACUUUGAUACAAGUAAGUCAUUUAAAAUCUUUCCAAGAAUACAUAUGGUGAAGAAACCGUACAGUUGUGUAGCUUCUGAUAAACAGUUUCAAACAAAUAUUAAAUUAUAAAUAUGUCAAAGAACACACACUGGUGAGAGACUUCCCUAUUAUAGAGUUUGCAUAAAACAGUUGACAAGUAAAAGUUUCAUUUAGUGUGGAAAACACUUUAGGACAAAUAAUGAAUUUAAAUGAAAUUGGAGGUUACAGACUUUUAUAUAACCUUACCGUUAUGGAGUUUAUGGCAAACAGUUUGGAGGUAGCUCUCUCCGGCUUGAUCCAUUGGACCAAACCCCAAAAUGUUGAAACUAAAUAUGUGAGAACUCUGAAUUCACUAAGUGUAUCUUCACAUAAUUUAACAAAAUUUAAGUAGACAUUACAAAUCUUGUACACAAAAGUCAGAUUUUUUAAUAAAGUCUUUUUACUAAA